UCACAAUUUGCAUACCAGGCGGUAGGUAUAUCUAUCUUCAAUAUUAGCUAUUUUCGUAUAUAUGAAACUUCGUGUGUGUCGCAGAAAAAUGGAGAUAAGGGCAACUAACAACUUAAAUAUGGACGUCCUCCCAUUGGAACAAUCAUCGUGCUUCAAGCUUUCAGUGUUCGCAGAGGAAAGCGCUUGAGCAACAUGGGCACCUUAACCUGGACAGUUUGGCUGUUACUCGCCUUCACAGUAUUAGCCAGUAACGUUGAAGCUGAAGCGGUCCCUGAUUAUAUAAGAGACGAUGCCGGAGUGGGAUAUCUCUGUGGGUAUAGAGAUGAAGUUAAACAGGGACGCGGUCCUAAGGCGGAGCUGUCUUGGGAGCAGAACAUCACUUUACAGUGCAUGUAUGACUAUUUAAGAAUCCAGAUAUAUUUGUCGGUGACGGGCGAUUUUACGUUCAACGGGCAGCGCAUUCCGGUAGACUUCAUAGUGACAGCUGCGUACAUCGACAAGAAACUCAUUUAUGAUAUAACGGUGGAAGAUCUGUGGGAAAAAAUACAGCUGUACGAGUAUUACGAGAAGAAAGCGGAAAGUGAACCACGAACCCGGGACAUAAGCAAGUACGAACACGUCACAGCGCUCUUUAUAAAAACGUGUGUACAAAAGAGGGGAAGCACUACGGGUCGAGUUUACGUGGAAGGAGAGACAGCUGAACUGAAAAAGGUGUUUCGCAGGUCGAGUCAAAUUAAAAACGCCACGACUUCGAAUAUAAUCAAAAAAAUAAAGACAAAUCCAAUAAAAUACGAAUCUUUUGAAAGGAUAAUGCCAAUUUCCGCAGUAGCAUAUGUCAAAGACGAACUUCCAGUCAUACUAAAUUACCUGCGGUCGCAAGGUUUCAACGCUACGGGCACAUUCGUAUUGCGCGGACACAGAAUAUCUCUACAGUUCAUUGAAUGGUAUCUGGUCCAGCACGGAAGUGUCUAUAGAAUAACGACGACUGCAUUGUUGUAUCGCAUCAUAACGUCUUACCUCCCCGAAACUGAAGAAUUUAAUGCACUGCCUAAGAAAGAGAAGGCGGUCCUGCGGGACAUACUGAACUAUCUGAAAUUCCUGGGCGAUGGUGCGAGAGGUGAAGUGACGUUCAAAAGCCACACACUCUCAAUAGACUUCAUAAUGACUGUCGUGCAUUUGCAAGGCGCAGACAUAUAUUCACUGACGUUGUCAGAUCUGUGGCAACUAAUAAAAAUGCAUGAAGUUUAUGAGAAGAAACUUGGAAGUGAAACACAAAACCGGAAUAUUAGCAAGAAUGAACAAGUCACACUGCUCUAUGCAAUAACAUAUUUGCGAAACAAUGGAGGGAUUACGGGUCAAAUUGUCAUAGAUGGAGUGAAAAUUCCAGUGUCUUACCUACUGAACCAGUUGAUAUUUGGAAAAGAUUUUCAUACCGUCACUAUGGAGCAGUUAUAUAUAAUUACAAGUGCCUACUUAAGGAAAUACACCGCUCCUACACGUGUACCCCUGGGCACACAACCAACAGAGGAACAGACACUUGAACUUAGGGCCCUAAUAGACUUGAUGAAGACGCAACGGUCUCCCGCUGUUGGCUCAUUCAUAUUCAGCGGGUACAGAACUUCUGCACAGUUCAUCCUAAGUUACAUGGACCAACAUGGACUAAGGAUGGAUAGAUUGAGCAGCAAAAAGUUAUGGAGUAUCAUGCUCCUGCAUGAAUGUAAUGAGACAAACAAAACCACUGCAGUAAGUGCAGGGCCAGACAGUGGGACAUCAACAAAAACAUAAAAAAAAACAACACUUGAACCCUCUGGAUCCGAACUUACAGAACAACAUUAAAAUGACACCCUUAACAGAAUUUUGGAGGAGCCAUUUAUGAAGGAAUAAAUGCGACUGGUUACAUACAUUUCGGGGGGAGGGGAAACAUCUGUGUUCAGUUCACACUAACCGAUCUGAGCCUGAAAUUUAUUGAUGUCCGCAACGCCACAGCUGCAGACAAAUAACACAUUUAUUGCUAUAUGUACCCUAUGCAGAAACUACUAGACCAGAAAUAUCAUGCGCACCUAAGGACGAGAUUGUUACAUUACUGGCGACUCUGCAAUAUUUGAAGACAAACAAAGAAGGUAACAAUGGAAAUUUUACUAAUGAUGGAUAUGAAAUCUCAAUACAGUUCAUUGCAGAAAUUAUCAAAGAACAAGAUGUAAGCUUCAAGAAUUUAACAAUAUCUGAACUCUACCUAAUCCUCGAUAUACAUAUAUAUAUGUGUGUGUGUGUGUGUGUGUGGAAUAUGAAGGAAGCUCAAUUACUGUUAAUCCUAAACCACCUGGUGAAGAUAUCGCCAGCCUGAAAGAGGUACUGCAGAUCCUCAAGGCACAAGGGGACAAUGCCACAGGAGCUGUUGAAAUCAAUGAGUAUAUCAUCACAUUCCAAUACAUCAAACUUAUCCUAAAGGCGCGAAGAAUCGACUCUCAGAAUUUAAGCCGAGAGGAGCUGUCUCAUAAUAGAAUUGUGUAUAGAGUUUCAGCAGCAGUCGGGGAAGGCUGAAACAGGUCCUCAAGCAGUACUGAAAUCCUUCAUCGAAAUUCUCUCAAAAACUGAGAGUGUUAAUACUUCUGUUCUUGUGGUGGAUGGACACAGCGUUUCCAUAAGCGAGAUCGUGUCUGCUCUGGGGUUAAAAGUUGACAACUCAACCGGUAAUUAUGACAAUGCAAACCUUACCACUACCACAUUGUUGAGAGCAGUUCUGGAGGUUAUAGGCAAGCAGGGAGCUUCAACCGUUCCCUCUAAAACAGGACAUGGAAAGGAUGAACUGCUCAAGGAAUUCCUUCAAGUCAUCUCGAAUUCCGACAAUGUCGCCAACAGUGUCAUUGUGUACAACGGGCAGCACAUUAGUGUGCAAGCUCUAGUAAGUGCACUAGGUCUACACAUCGACAAUCCAACAGGGAAAGGUGACACACACAGCCUUACUGCGGAUCAACUGUUUGAAACAAUCCAGCAGUUCGUAAGCACCGCGCAAAACGCAACUACAUAAUGUUUACUGAAUCAUAAUCAAGAGGGGAGACAAUAUUUCUUCUAUCCUGAAUUUCCACUGCUUUCCUGGGCUCUUGGGAAGAUAUGAGGCCUACUGUCGUCUUUCACAUCCAUGGACGCCUACAAUUUAUAUUUGUAAGGGGGACGGUUUACUCUGUUACUUAUUAAUGGGAAAGGUUUCUUCCAUCUGACAUCACACACAGAAUACACGGUUCGGAGUGGAAGAGGCAGUUGCAGGGGCAACAGAAAAGCAUGCAGUAUCCACAACAUAUAACCAUCGGAUAUAAGGUUCCAUGUUUAGCCAUCUUUUAGUGCUUCAUCCCCAAACCCACAAUUCCUCGUUGGCAUUCCGAUUCACGCCUAUGCUUCCCUUCCUCUCGGAUAAUUACCCCUCCCCUUCAGUACACAUUUUCGUUUACAGUUAUUUUAGUGUCCAGGUUUCCAGCAAAUUUCUUCACUUCGUCAUACAGUUUCAAAUUGCAAGCAGACAACACAAAAUUCUUACGGCUUCAAGUAAAUAAAUUUUUCUGACGGCUUCACAAACUCCCACACAGUUUAUAUGUCACGUCUGGAGAUCAUUCCCACUCCUAACUUUGUCACACUUACACGCGUCUCUCUAGACAACCACAAGCUCUACAGCUUAGAAAUUUCGAACACAAAUAGUUGAACAUUGUCAGCAUGUGCCGAGUCUCUUUGCGGGGCCUUCAUUCGAAACAUUUCCUUUGAGGUGUGAAUAAGCAAGCAGCAGACAGACCGAAACAGAGACACGCUUACGUGUACUCGCACAGAUGUACGUCUUGGGAACACUCAGUAAAAUGCGUCUAAAUUUGAUAAAAUUAGCAUGGCGAACAUGGCGUUUGCAACCUUUCUUUAAUAGCAUCCUCAUUAUCCACCGCUCUCGCUCAGCAGAAACUCACAGCUAUGAAACUGGCGGAAACUGGGUACAAAGAAUUGCAGCAUGGUGCAUCCGAUACGAUGUUUAUUCUUGUCAAAUAAACACAACAAAAUCUGCUACCAAAUUAACUGUCUCCGUAAAGGGUAAAUAUACGUUUGAUAGAGAAAGAAACAAAUGUUUCCAGGUGCAUGCUGAAAGACAAGAGAAGACCGAACCAAACACAUUGCAGGGAAAGAAUGUAAUUUUCUGUGUGCUUCUUUAUCUUUAUUGUUUGAUCUUGUUGUGUGCUAUCAUAUAUGGUAUUCUUAAUGUAUCAGUCAAUAAAACAAUUCUAUAAUAAACAAAAUAAUAUUACUCAUUAAUAUUA